AUGUCAUCAAAUCCGAGUGUAACAGUAUUUGAAGGUCAUAGAAGUUUUAGAUUAAGACUAAUACUUUCAACAUUGAGUGGGAAAUCCAUAAAAAUAAUAAAAAUAAGAUCAAAUGAUUUAAAUCCAGGUUUAAAAGAUUAUGAAGUUUCAUUUUUAAGAUUAAUUGAAUCUGUAACAAAUGGUUCACAUAUAGAAAUAUCAUAUACUGGUACGACCAUAAUAUAUAGACCAGGUAUAAUAAUAGGAGGUGAACUAACGCAUAAUUGUCCAAAUUCAAAACCUGUCGGAUAUUUUAUUGAACCAAUGUUAAUGUUAGCUCCUUUUUCAAAAAAGAAAUUUAGUAUCAUAUUUAAAGGAUUAACUAAUCUUACGGGUGAAACUGGUGUUGAUGCUAUAAAAUGGGGACUAUUACCAAUAAUGGAGAAAUUUGGAGUACGAGAAUGUUUAAUUCAUACAAUAAAAAGAGGAUCACCUCCAUUAGGUGGUGGAGAAGUUCAUUUAGUUUGUAACUCAUUGAUACCGAGCCCAUUAACAAUACAUGCCAUAGAUAUACCUAAAUAUUCAGCGAUUAGAGGAGUUGCGUAUUGUACAAGAGUAUCACCUUCGAUUGUAAAUAGAAUGAUUGAUUCUGCAAGAUCAGUAUUAAGAAAUACUGGAUGUGAAGUUAAUAUAACUGCUGAUGUUUGGAGAGGUGAGAAUUCGGGUAAAUCUCCUGGUUUUGGAAUUACUUUAGUAGCUGAAUCAAAAAGAGGUUGGAGAAUAAUAGCUGAAAACGUUGGAGAAGCACAAUCAUUGCCUGAAGACUUAGGUGAAUUGACUGCAUAUCAAUUAAUUGAAGAAAUUACUAAAAGUGGAGCUAUAGGAAGAUAUCAGAUUAUUAUGGCUUUAGUGUUUAUGAUUAUUGGUAAAGAAGACAUAGGAAGAAUCAAAAUUCACAAGAGUGAAAUUGAUGAAAAAUUAAUAUACGCUUUGAGGGAUAUAAAACAAUUAAUGGGUACUGAAGCAUAUUUCAAAGAUGAUGCUGAUGAAAUAGAUGGUGAUGAUGAAUUUAUGACUUUAUCAAUAAGAGGUACUGGUUUUACAAAUGUAUCUAAGAAAGUUGCAUAA